UGACCAAUAGAUGCAGCGACCCAUUUGCACAAAACACUAAGAAAAGAAGGUUUUGGAGAAGCCAUUGUAUUGCAUAAUUGGUUGGAGGAAGAAGCCAAAUGGGAAGCGAAAAGAUGAUGCUCUUAUUUCUCAUGUUCUUCAACUACUUUCAUUUCAUAGCUUUUUCUUCUUCUUCUUCUCCACUUCACAAGUCCUUUGUUUCAGAUUCUCUGCAGAAGGAUAUUACAGGCAGACAUGAAGAUGAAAACAAUGGUAUUGAACGUGAUGGCUACAGCAAUGGAAGAAGUGGCAUAAUAAAUAGUAGCAAAUUUGCACGUGGAGGUGCAGCCGGCGGUCGAUCAACUGGUGCACAUGGUGGUGCAGCUGAAAAUGGAAAUGAAAAUGGCAAUUCACAAGCUGGUGCAGCAGUUGUCCCUGUUAUUGUAGCUGGUGCUGCUAAUAAUAAUCGCCCCAAAAACAGUCACCGCGGUGCUGCUAACAGCGACAGGAACUGCAUUAGAUUUCCAGCCAUGAUUAUGAUCACCUUAGCCACUCUUACAGUACAUAUUUAUAUGUAAUAUUGUAUGCAAACUAUAGAUCAAUCCCUUAUCCUAAGAUGACAGAUAGUCUGCCUGUGGUUGUGUGCAACUCGAUUUCGGUAUCUUGUUUGUAGACUUUCUGUAAUAUAAGAGUUUCUUGUAAAGUUGAGAAACCUCUGUUCUGUGGUUUCUGAAUCAUAAUGAAAAAACCAUACGUAAGAUCCAUGCUAAUUGCUGCUA